GGCGACGCCGAUUCCAAGUAGAGCCGCCCUGGAGUGCGGACCUGUCGUGGGUCGCGCGCCUCACACAAACUCGCACCCUCGCCGCAUUCGCACUCACCCCGAGCGAGCGCGUGCCGCGUAGUACGGCCGGCCGAUACCUCCCGCGCUACCGACCUCCUCCGACUUCGCAAUCUUUGUUCUCAACACUUUCCAAGUCUAGAUCCUAAACUUUGAUACUCAGUUGUUGGCUUCAAACUUCCCAGCGAAGGCGAUAUCGUUCCGAAUACUUGAGAAUCGUGAAACUUUGAAAUAUAAAUAGUGUAUAAUCCGGUUACCGGUAGACAGAGAGUGUGAUGAAGUACCAAAAUGCUCUGUUUUCCUGGAGGAUAAAUACAAAACAGUUUCACUAAAAGGUGGAGUGAAUCGGGCGCAGGUUGAAUAAUAUGUAAUACGUCACGCCGAGUGACGAACACCGACUUUACCUAGUGCGUGUGUGUUAAUUGGUGCAGUAGAGUCGUCGCAGCGAAGAUGGGCAAGAAGAACUCGAAACUAAAACAAGAUACGAUCGACCGGCUGACGAGUGCAACUUACUUUACGGAGAAGGAAAUCCGGCUGUGGCACAAAGGAUUCCUGAAGGACUGUCCAAAUGGACUCCUGACUGAACAGGGGUUCAUUAAGAUCUAUAAGCAGUUCUUCCCGCAAGGUGACCCCAGUAAGUUUGCAUCGCUCGUCUUUCGAGUGUUCGAUGAAAACAACGAUGGCUCCAUCGAGUUUGAGGAGUUCAUUAGAGCACUAUCGGUGACGUCACGGGGAAAUCUCGACGAAAAGCUACACUGGGCCUUCCGACUCUACGAUGUUGAUAACGACGGGUACAUAACACGUGACGAGAUGUAUAACAUAGUGGACGCGAUCUAUCAGAUGGUGGGCCAAACACCACAACCAGAGGACGACAACACUCCUCAGAAGCGCGUCGACAAGAUCUUCGACCAGAUGGACAAGAACCAUGACGAUCGCUUGACUUUGGAGGAGUUCCGUGAGGGCAGUAAGGCCGACCCUCGCAUUGUCCAGGCUCUCUCACUUGGAGGCGAUUAAUCGACGGUCAUCCUCUCGCCGGACUUCACAUUUACUUAAAGAGCUAAUAUCAUUCCGCCGCUUGUGUCUGUGUAAUAAUUUGUGUACUACAUGUCUCUAUGUAUAUAUAUAAUACCCAUGUGUAUCGUAAAAGAUUAUUUAAAUGUCUUAUGUAACCCGUUCUUUGUGUUAGGCAUAAUCUCUAUGUAAUUUCAAUAUGUACCUAUUUACGGUGUUAGUUUCGUGGACUUAUUUUUCGUGUACGGUGAUCUAAUAAGAUCAAUUUAUAUAUCUAAAAGGUGUAUUCAUUUUUUAACGUAGGUAUAAUUAUGUGCUAUAUUUUAAUGAAUGUAUUAUAACAUAUUAAUCUGAUGUAACAUAGGCGACGGAUGCAUAUUAAUUGAUUGUUGUUUUUUAGAAAUAUUUGCCAAUAUGAACACCAGGCCAGGAGCGAGGCUUUAUUUAUUAAUCGUUCGGUACUACUACGUACCUAUUAUAAAUCAAAACCAAUCAUUACUUUUUCUGUGCGAUACAAAAGUCAACGUUUUUAGAAUUAACGAAACAUACCUCGUUGGUUUCACUCAAAAUUUGGUAUAAUUUACAAAAAAUAACUAUCUCAAAAAUAUUUUUGUAUUUCUUAUAUUUGUAACUAAAAUUAUUUGAGGAUCCGCCUACUUCUGAACAUUCUGACUUGUAACAAAACAAUAGUCGUCAUGGUUUGCGCGUGAAUGAAUGAUGCAAUGUAACUCUACAACGUUUCUUGAUGUGACAAAAUAUUGUUGUGGCCUUAAAGAAAAGGCGUAAAUUCCUUUGAACGAUUUUCCAACGAAGUACAGUCACAAACCAAGAACUGGUACAUUGUUUUGGAUUAGGAAAGUUGACCAUCUUGAACACAAUCAGCGCUUUAGGGAAGGGAAAUAAAGAAUUCACCGACAAUUCAUAAUCGUUCGAUCGUUUCUGGCUUAUCGUACGUAUUUGGAAUGUGAAGGUUUAAUUUAUUAAUUUUAAUGUCGAAGAACAUUAAGUAUGUAUUAAAAACUGCUUUCUAUUUCUACAUAAAUGUAAUAACUACGGUAAUUAAUCCUCGCCAUCCGUUUCGUGUUGGCAAAUUUAGUAGAGCUCUAUCUGAAGUAAAUGAUGAAUAUAACAAUAACUAUCUUUACCUUGCAGAAGCUGAAACCUACUAGGCAUCGUAACCAUAUACAGUUUUUAAAAUUAACUCAUGUGGUAGAACUAAAUUCAUCCCUGAAUCUGAGCUUUUGCUCCUCCAUCCGUGCGAGAGAAUGACCGGAGAUAACUCAGCCGGUUAUCGUAAAAAUCGUUGUUAGUGCACUAGGUAGAUACACGAUAAUUUUCGAUAAAACGAUGAUUCAUUGUCAAACAAUCGCCUAAUCUUAACGUCAUCAGCUAAACUUACAGUAUGAGAUGGAAAUGGUGUCAAUGCAGACACAGCACGGACUCCACCGGGCCGCAGUGCCGCAGUGUCGGGGCACGGCGCGCCCCACGCAGGAACUUUGGUCAUUUAUGGUUUCGUCUGAACCUAACGUUAACCCUUUACUGUUGUUGUUGAUAAAUUGUUAGUUUUUUAAGUGUUGCGCCCCAUUAACGUUAAAUUUGCAUAAUAAGACAAUAUAAAAUUUUUGGCGUGUUUUACUGCCCCAUAUUUACUUAUAAUAUAAAAUAUUCUCAUAAAAUUUGAACGCAGACGUGGCAAAGCCAUAAAACGAAUUGUAACAUUUUUUAUCAAAAAAUUUUGCUCGUCUAAAAAUUUUUGGAAACUACAUUGAAAACGAGAUUCAACAUUUUUAAACUUAUGAAAAUCGUAAAUUAAUUGAUUAAAAUUAAGAAUUAGGCGUUGAUUUAUUUUAAAUACGUAGUAAAUUGGAAAAGCAAUUCGUUAGGAGUAAAUGACAAUUUCGGUCAUGGAGAGGUGUGUGAAAUUGUAAUAAAAAGAUUAAAAUAGUGUAAGUUAAAAUAUGAUGUUAAAAUAUGAUGAUUGUUGAGACGAGCGCAGCGCGUUACUACAACGUAAAUCUUUCGGCGAGUUUUAUCAGGAGGACAUGUAAUCUAUUUACUUCACGUCUAUGUUUACGACAAGUUAUCCAUGUGUUAGUGCAGUAGUAGAUGAUGUAGUUUGUGUAAUACAUUUUAACUUUGAAAUUAUAGCACGAUUAUAACGUUUUCAGUCGCCCGGAGUCGCCUCGGCGGCGCGUAAUGCACUUACCUUGGAGAGCACUUAUCUUUACGUGUUAAUCAUUGCCAAAUACUUAUAUAGUUUCUACCUAUAUCUAUACUCUCCCUACGACAGGGGAUACUUACAUGUCUCACACUAUCCAUCCUGUUUCUCAUAAUAUUAUGAGGUACUGUCACAUGCAUAAAUAUGGAUACAUUCAGCAAAGCUUAUGCAAAAUAUUGUCUCCAACAACUACAUGACGCUAAAAUGUUACGGUAAGCAACUGGACAUAGUUUCACAUAACAUCUCUCGUAUGUAUUGUACUGGUGUAAGCCAGCUACUGAAAUCUUACUAUAUAACUGUAAACAUAUUUGCCCACGUGACUGGACCGACACAUAUUUUUUGGAGAACUUUUGGAUAUUUCCGUUUAGCGAUUCUCAACAUAACGUAGUUGUUAAGAGUCUAUUUAUCGUGUAAGUAACUUACCUACAGCUUUAUACGAAGUAAAUUGUUAUCUUUUGCUUAUAAAAUAAACUAAACUUCUUAUGAUAUAUGUAAUGGAUUUCUAUAUUACGACUAAUAUGAAGGUUUGGACUUUCGCGUUUCGUAACCUUUCUGCUAUAUAUGGGAUGGCGUUGUCCGUUUAACGUUUGAAACAUUAGGUGGUACGGUAAGGUUAAAUUGGUAGUUUUGGAUCACGUGUCAAUUUGUGUCUUUCAACAGUGUUUGUAGACGUUAAGAUGCGUUUUUCAAACGAAUUAGUGUAGGGACAUUGUCGCGGGCUGUGCAUUUCGUAUAGGUUAAGUAGCGAUCUCAAGUUGGACUGUUGAAAAUGUAUCUUACUACUGCAACACUCAUUUUGUUAAUUUAAUAAUAAUUUGUAUUUGUUUUACUAGUUUCUUUCUCCAAUAUUAAAGAAAUUCCUAAGUGGUAUCCUAUCUUGUAUUUGUCACUUACCUUUAAUAGAGUUACCUUCUGAGAUACCACUGAGGCUGAAAUUUGGCUAAAAUUUGAUCCAUAGUAUCUAAAGUUUCUUUCUUGUUAUCAAUUUUACUUAUUGAUUUGGUUAACUUAAAGCUGUAAGCGAGACAAGGACAAGCAGAAUGAUAAUAAUUUCCUCACAGAUAAAUCUGUGCAUCUCACUUAUUGGAAUAAUCAUACAGGUACCUACUUACCUUCUCACAUUAAAACUCGAGACCUUUGGACUGACCGGGCCUGUGCGUAUAAACCUGUAUCUAUAAACUUUCCAUUACCUAUGGUAAAAUAUGACUAUCCUAUAGGUAGGUACCUAAGCUAAAAUUUUAAUAAUCGUAUUAAAUAUUCAUACAUUACUAUGACAUAAUAAUAUCUGUACGUUAUAUAGAAAUAGUAUUUUUCUGUAGCUAUUUUCUGCUCCGAUUGCAUAACUUUUUUACUGCUUGAUACUUCAAUCUUCUGUACUGGCUUCUUGGGGAACAGGUAGGUAUACGCCUUGCAUGAACUAGGUGGAACUAGGUCGCCGACUCUCAAUAACUAAUACUAACUUAAGUAAAGCUUUUACCAACAAUCAUAGGGAUAAAUCAUAGAGAUAACAUCAAGUUAGGUCUUUACCCUUACGACAUGUAUUGAUGUAUAACGUAUAAAGUCGAGCAAAACCUAUUUACAUUUAGAUCGAGCACGGUAACUGUAUCACAUAAUUAGAAAUGUUUAACAAAUCUUUUGACUAUAUUAUAAUACUCCAAAAAUCUAUUUUAUUUACCUAUAUUCGUUUUCAUUUACAUCUAGAACCUAGGUACCUAUGUAAAAUUUAUUUUUAUAACGAAGGCGCCUAAUUGAAAUUACUUGUGCCUGGCUAAGAGAGAAGUAAUUAAAUAAAAGUACCUAGGCAUUAUAGAUCACUAUUCUAUCACAGAGGAGCUUAGGUACACAUUUUGGUACCCAAACACCUCAUCUAUCGUUUGUAACGUAUUUAAAACCUAGUGCCAUGUUGAAAAUGUAAUCGUUUCUUCGUAUUUAAAGGGAACCAUCAGAUGUAUUUUCUGGAACAUUAAAAUUGUUGGCAGGCUAUAACGAUUCUGAAUACGAAUUUUAAUAUAAUUUAAUAAUGGUUACUAAACAUUUCUCUCUAUCUUGUAAAUCUAACCUUUUAGUUCGAAUAACAAACGUGAAAUUGUUUAUUUGAUUUCUUAAUGGCGACGAGCUGACUGAAAUUAUGAAGUUAAGAUCUCUAAGAAUGUUAUAUAACAUGUUAUAUUCAACAAGUUUCAAGAAAUUUGUAUGUACUUACUUAAUCUGAAAUUCAGCAGAGCAGUCGUCAUCCACCGAUUUGUAAUCAUACCUACUUAUACCUGAUAAUACCUACUUAUUCUCUUUAUCUGUAAAUAGUAAUUUAUUAUUCGCCUACUUUCAUAGAUAUUAUAAUAAUAUUCACUUUUAAUAAUAAUGAUUAAUAAUAAACGAAUUGAAAUUAAA